GCAGGGGGAAGUCUUCUUGAGCAUAAGCAGGCUGCUGGGUCCUGAGGAUAUGGCAAAAAAAAAAAAAAAAGGCAAAACCUUGCCCCUUGUAGAGCUUGGUGCAUAAGCUUGUGGCCCUGGAUUUCAAUCCUUGCUUUGUCACCCCCCAGCCAUGUGUCUUUGGACAAGGUGCCUAACCUCGCCCAGCCUCAGUUUGCCAGUCUGUGAAAUGAGAUUGUUCUAAGAGUUGCACGUAAAGCACUAGGCACAACAUCUGGCCCGCGCUGAAUGCUUAGUAGGCAUUUGUUAUUGUUAAAGGUGAAGCCAGACAAAUAAAUGUUAACAAUAAUGAAUAGUGAGUUAUGAUCAGAGAAGUACAAAGUGUCAUGGGAGUACAUAGUAGGGACCCCCAACCCAGUCCAGAGUCUAGGAAAGGCCACCCAGAGGAAUUGAUGUUUAAACGGAGAGACAACAGAUGAGUAGGAGUUGGCUAGAGCAAGGGCAGUGUUGGGGGGGGCGGGGGUGGUGGUGUGGAGGGUUUUUCCUGGCAGUGGACCAACUGUGCAAGGCUUGGAGGCAACGGAAGGGAGCAUGGCAUACUGGAGAGAUUGAAAUGUGUUCCAAUGUCUAGAGCCAUGCUGUCCCAUGGAAUUAUCUGCAAUGAUGGAGAAGUUCUGUAUCUGUGCCGUCCAAUAUGGUAGCCACUAACCACAUGUGAGUACUGAGCAUUCGAAAUGUGGCUACUGUGACUGUUAGAACUGAACGUUUAAUUUUACUUUAUUGUAAUUGAUUUAUAUUUAAAUAGCCACCGUGGUUAGUGACUACCAGAUUGGACAGCGCAGGUCUAGAGUGUAACCAGCAAGACAGUGUUGUAUUGAGAGAUGAAGGUGGAGAAAGGCAUCUACACUGCACAGGGUUAUGGUAUGGAAUUUGCAUUUUAUGCGAAGCCCCAAGGGAAGCGAUCGGUUGGGGUAGGAUGUGGGGUUAAGCAGGGGAGUGGGGUGAUCUGGUUUUCACUUUCGAAAGAUCCUUCCAGUUGCUGUACGGAGAAUGGGUAAUGAGGGUGAGGGUGGGGUGUAUGUGAAGCCGGGAGACCAGUUUGGGGGUGGCUGCAGUCUUCCAGGGGAGAGAAGGUAGUUGCUUCGACCGGACGGAGAAAGAGAUAAUUUGGGAGGUUUGGGGCGAGGAUUGGAUUUUAGGGAGCUAGGGAGAGGAAGGUGUCCUAGGUCUACUUGGUGGGUGGUUGAGUCCUUAAGCCCCAGUGUGGAAUCCCUCCCUACCAGUUUUGAUUUCGGCAUUACCUGGAGCCUUCUCCCUGUCCCCCCUGCUGGUUGGUGCUGGAAGCGCCUUUCACUAAAGGAAGUGUGCCCCUGACAGGCGCCCACCCUCCCACCCCGGUUCGGGGGUUGGGGGGAAAGCCCCGGGAGGUGGGAAAAUCCCCUCAAACUGCUAGUUGGUUGGGUGGCGUGCAUUCCCAGGGUCGUGUGCUGGACUGAGUCUCUCCUCUCCCUGGGGCCCGUCCAUAUUAGCUCUAUCUCCCCUGUGAUGGGUCUCCUGGAAGGCCCGUGGUGCGGCACGGGAGAAGGUAGACGUCAGCCCAGUGGGGCAAGAACCCCGCCCCCCGGCACCACACACACACACACACACACACACACUCCGUCCCGGCUCCCACCUGAGGCGAGGUCCCAGCACCCAAGGGUUGCCUCUGAUUGCCCCCACCCCCACCUGGGCCCUCCUUGGCUAGACAGUGGGGGUGGGGAGGCGGGGCGUGUCUCCCGACAGCAGGGUGUGGCCAGUGGUCCAGAUGGUCACUCACCCAUGGCCAGCCUGUCCCGAGCCGGGAGAGUUCCCCCCACUCCCCACCAUGCCGGCGGGCCGGGGGCGCUGAGGGUGCGGAACACCCCGAGACCGCAGCCCGCUGGCGGAGCUCAGAGCAGGCUUGGGGAGGUUCUGCGGCUCCCGGCAGCCAGCGUCCGCCGCCCUCCCGGCUUCACUUCCUCCCGGAGCCCCCGCCGUCCCGGAGGCCCGGGAUCCCAGCGGUCCGCGGCCCCCGGCCGCCGCCACGCCCUAGGCUCGGCCUGCGGGGCCUCAGCCAGACCUCCCACCCCAGCCCACGGGCUAGGAAGAAGGAGGGGCCUCUGACAACACUGCCUCAGCCAGGUUUGAGCUGGACAGAGCGGCCUCCGCCCCUUAGGAUGGCCUCGCCCUCCAGCCCUCUGGCGUUCAGGCUCCAGACAUGGGAUGGAGGCCAAGAAGAUGGUGGUGAGAGGGACAAAGGAAAGCCGGGCCUCGGGGAUGGGCCACCCCCCAUGGAGUCACCGUUCCAGGGGGAGGACCGGGACUCCUCCCCUCAGAUCAAAGUGAACCUCAACUACCGCAAAAGAGCAGGUGUCAGCCAGCCGGACCCAAACCGCUUUGACCGUGAUCGGCUCUUCAGCGCAGUUGCCCGGGGUGUCCCCGAGGAUCUGGCUGGCUUACCGGAGUACCUGUCCCGGACCAGCAAGUACCUCACCGACUCAGAGUACACAGAGGGCUCCACGGGCAAGACGUGCCUGAUGAAGGCCCUGUUGAACCUGCAGGAUGGGGCCAACGCCUGCAUCCUGCCGUUGCUUCAGAUCGACCGGGACUCUGGCAAUCCCCAGCCCCUGGUCAACGCCCAAUGCACGGAUGAGUACUACCGAGGCCACAGUGCCCUACAUAUUGCUAUCGAGAAAAGGAGCCUGCAGUGUGUGAAACUCUUGGUGGAGAAUGGGGCCAAUGUGCAUGCCCGGGCCUGCGGCCACUUCUUCCAGAAAAAGAGCCAGGGGACUUGCUUCUACUUUGGCGAGCUGCCCCUCUCUCUGGCCGCAUGCACCAAGCAGUGGGAUGUGGUAACCUACCUCUUGGAGAACCCUCAUCAGCCCGCCAGCCUGCAGGCAGCCGACUCACUGGGCAACACAGUGCUGCACGCCUUGGUAACGAUUGCAGACAACUCAGCUGAGAACAGUGCACUGGUGAUCCGCAUGUAUGAUGGGCUUCUCCUCGCGGGGGCCCGUCUCUGCCCCACAGUGCAGCUCGAGGACAUCCCCAACCUGCAGGGCCUCACGCCCCUGAAGCUGGCUGCCAAGGAGGGCAAAAUCGAGAUUUUCAGGCACAUCCUGCAGCGGGAGUUCGCAGGGCCGUGCCAGUCACUUUCCCGGAAGUUUACUGAGUGGUGCUACGGGCCAGUCCGGGUGUCGCUGUACGAUCUGGCUUCCGUGGACAGCUGGGAGGAGAACUCAGUGCUGGAGAUUAUUGCCUUUCAUUGCAGAAGCCCGCACCGACACCGAAUGGUGGUUUUGGAACCGCUGAACAGACUGCUGCAGGCAAAAUGGGACCUGCUAAUCCCCAAAUUCUUCUUCAACUUCCUGUGUUACUUGACCUACAUGUUCAUCUUCACCGCUGUGGCCUACAACCAGCCGGCCCUGGAGAAGGCCUUCUUGCCCCCGGAAGUGACUGCUGGAGACCCCGUGCUGCUCCUGGGCCACAUCCUGAUCCUGCUUGGGGGGGUCUACCUCCUCGUGGGCCAGCUGUGGUACUUCUGGAGGCGCCGUCUGUUCAUCUGGAUCUCCUUCAUGGACAGCUACUUUGAACUGCUCUUCCUGGUGCAGGCCCUGCUCACGGUGCUGUCCCAGGUGCUGUGCUUCCUGGCUGUGGAGUGGUACCUGCCCCUGCUUGUGUCCUCGCUGGUGCUGGGCUGGCUGAACCUGCUUUACUACACACGUGGCUUGCAGCACACGGGCAUCUACAGUGUCAUGAUCCAGAAGGUCAUCCUGCGGGACCUGCUCCGCUUCCUGCUCGUCUACUUAGUCUUCCUUUUCGGCUUCGCUGUAGCCCUGGUGAGCCUGAGCCGGGAAGCCCGGGCCCCCAGGGCCCCCAGGGCCCCCAAUGCCACGGAGGCAGCGCAGCCUGGGGCAGGACAGACGGAUGAGGAGGGCAGCUCUUCCCCAUACGGUGGCAUCCUGGACGCUUCCCUGGAGCUGUUCAAGUUCACCAUCGGCAUGGGUGAGCUGGCCUUCCAGGACCAGCUGCGCUUCCGCGGGGUGGUCCUGCUGUUGCUGCUGGCCUAUGUGCUGCUCACCUACAUCCUGCUGCUCAACAUGCUCAUCGCCCUCAUGAGCGAGACCGUCAACAGUGUCGCCACUGACAGUUGGAGCAUCUGGAAGCUGCAGAAAGCCAUCUCUGUCCUGGAGAUGGAGAAUGGCUACUGGUGGUGCAGGAGGAAGAAGCAGCGGGCUGGUGUGAAGCUGACCGUUGGCACCAGGCCAGACGGCAGCCCCGACGAGCGCUGGUGCUUCAGGGUGGAGGAAGUGAACUGGGCCUCAUGGGAGCAGACGCUGCCGACUGUGUGUGAGGAGCCAUCAGGGCCGGCUGUCCCUGGCACCUUGAAGAAUCCUGCCCCGGCCUCCCAACUAGAGGAGGACACUGUCUCAGAGGAAGAUCAACUGCCCCUCCAGCUCCUAAAGUCUCAAUAAUGGCCCAGAUGCAGGACAGAGUCAGGGGAUCGUCCCAGCCCUACGUGCUGGCUCUGGGGCUCCGGGAACCUUUGGUGGCAAAUGUAAAUAAAUAUUUUCUCAUCACUCCUGGAAA